UUUCCCCCUCUGAUGUGAAAAAGAAAGUGGAAGAAAAGUGAGUCGUACUGGUCAUUUACUAGAUCAGCUAUGAUUAUAGUCUUUUUCUCUUCAUUUUUGUUUUUGCUACUAUUUCUAAACCUUUGCUGAUACAGUUUACUAUUUCUAAAUGUCAUUUCUUCUUGGAAAUACCAUAUACUAUCCCUAAAUCUGUUUGUCUUCAUUCCUUUCACUUAUCGACCAUAGAUGAUUUAGGAGACUUGAAAAGUCAACAGUUUGAUUACUCAUUUCUCAAGUAACAUCAAACAGUAAAUGUUCAAUGUUAACAGCUUGGACUACACUGGAGUACUGGACCUGAGCAUAGUUUCCUUAAAGAGAUGGGACGGGUUGAAUACUACAGCGUUACCGAUGAAGAAGCUUUAGAAGCGUUCAAGAGAGUGUCUCGGUUGGAGGGAAUAAUCCCAGCAUUGGAGACAUCUCAUGCAUUGGCUCAUCUCGAGAAGCUAUGUCCGACAUUACCUGAUGGUGCUAGAGUGGUGUUAAACUUCAGCGGGAGAGGUGAUAAGGAUGUUCAGACGGCCAUCAAGUAUCUUGAAGUUUAAAGAGAAUAAUGCUUUCGUUUCGUUUUCAGACAGCGACAUUUCUUUUAGUAGUUUUGUUAGUUCUUGCUUCUGGGCGGGAAACUCAAAAGAGGAACACAGUAUUAAGAAGAGAACCAAAUAAAAUAAAAAUGUAUCCUAUAAAUAAGACUGUUUUAUUGAACGUUUGAUGUUCUUAUAAAAAAAAACUCGAACUGUUUUGUUCUUUACCAGCUUUAACUUGACCAAAACAAAGAAACCUCAAUUUAUAAAAAAACAACUAUGAUUGAAUUACCUUAAAUCUGUAAACAAAUUAUUUAAUGAUUUAUCAAUUGAUUAUAUUUGAUUUACUGUUUGAACUUGAAAACUAUACAAUAAAUAAAAUUUUACUCAAUUAUUUAAAAUGAAUAGGCUAUAGUUAUUUUGUUUUCUACAAUAGGCUAGCAGCUACAUAAUGGUGCGGUGAAUUAUUUAGAACAUUCAAUUGCGAGCCACCUCCUACGCCGAAUGUCAUAAAUGACUUGUUGACUGUAAGUCUGUAACAUUCAAGCGAUUGGGUACUAAUUUGGUUUAAAUAAAACUAUUUGGGUCAAAUGUGAAAGUCACCAAAACUAUAAGGGACUAGUGUUGUAAUUAUGAACCGAUCGGGGAGAGAGUUUUACAUCUGAAGGGGGUUGAAGAUAAAUCGCAAGGGAGGUGUGGGUGCAUCAUCGUCCCUAAGCUUUUACAAGUAGCCCAAACAGUUGACUCCUUAUACGACGAAGAUGGUCUCCACGAGCAAGAUCAAAUCCGUCGAUUUCUACAGG